AUGAACGCCGCUGACUGGAGCUGGCUCAGUGUGAUCGAGGGACCCCGAGAUGUCGCCGCUGCAUUGCAGCGGGAACAGACUGCAUGGCAAUCAGUCGGCAAACCUCCACGGAAGUCCCACGGAGCAUUGUCCAGCAUCUGGAGCAGCGGCUGGCAGAGCUUCAAUGCAGCAGACCUGCCAUUAGAGGGACUAAUAGCGGUCAUUCACUCAACAGAAUCAACCGCCGGGAGUGCGUACAGCUCUCAGUUUACCCACUUCAAGGCACACAGGGUCCCGAUUCAUGUAGCGAGGCGCCUCUUCAAGAAUUACCAAGACGAGCUGCUCCCCCGGUUUCCCUGCUUUCUAGUGGAAGACCUCAAUCACUAUUUUGAUCAGUUCUACGACGAGGAGCCUUCGGAGCCUCCGGGCGCAACAAUGCCUAACUUUGUCGUACCAAUGAUCCUAGCCAUUAGCUCUCUUACAUCUAACAGUCACAACUUUGCAAAAGUCGCGGCGUUGAGCGAAUCGCUGUAUGCAGAUGCCAUGCGACAUGUUAGACUUCUGAAGCAGUCAUCUAUUCAAAGUCUACAGUGCAUUCUUCUCCUCAUAGAGCUCGGCCUUCUCCUCCCGUACAUCGUAAACUGCUGGUAUACGACGGGUGAAGCGAUGCGAAUGGCUGUCAGCUUGGGGCUUCACCAGGAGCCCGACCCGGCUACUGUACCCAACCCAGUACACGCUGAGUUACGAAGGAAGAUCUUUUGGACAAUCUACCAACUGGAUAGGACCGUGGCCAUUGCUGCUGGAUGCCCUGUAGCGAUCAGCGAUGAACACAUCACUACUCAACUCCCUUUUAACGGCGACGACCCUCAUUCCAAUCCCGAAGGGCUUGGGCUCCAGAGAUCACACAAUUUCAAGGAAAUCGAGUUCCUCGUUCACACCCGCGUCCGCAUUAUACAGUCACAAAUUCAUGGUAUCCAAUUCUUUGACCAGGCCCUUCCUAGCGAUGCAGAGGACUACGAUGGCUGGGUCAGGGACACCGAUGGGCUCAUUGAUAAUCUUGUUCAUCAAGUGGCAGCUGAUGGAUUAGCUCGUUCCCGACUGGAAGCUUCUGCCCAUCAAUGCCAGGUUCUGCUGCAUAGACCAUGCUCGAGAAACAUUACAGUUUCCGAAUCGUCCUUGAUUGCUGCUGCUAGUUCCUGUAUCCGCCUCAUCAAGUCACACAUGAAGGUGGUCCAGUCGGGUGGCUUUGUCAUGGUAUUUGAACUAGCCAACAGUGCCUUCCAAGCCGGCAUGGUGUUGCUCUACGCCCUUCGCAAUCACGCCACGGAGCUGGAACGAACGAUGAUCCUCACUCCCGGGCAUGAAACACUUCAAGUGCUAGGUCAACUUCUGGACCUUCUAUCCGUACGGUGGCCUGCUGUAUCAGAUACGGCGCAUUACAUUCGGGAACUGGCAGAUACAUGCCUCAGGAAUCCGAUUGGCCAUGACGGUAGCGCAUAUGAUAUGAGUAUCAGCAUGUCACGCCAGCGAAAUCGCAAAACUCCUUUCAACCAAACCCGAAUGCAGAUCUUGAACUAG